AUGUGCACAAAAAAGUCGAAAUAUAUUUCAUUACCACCACAAGAACAAAUUUGCUCACAAAAAGAUGCGGCUUGUAAUUAUGCCGAUAUCAAGACUGGAUUCUCGAAAUGGCAAAAAUGUCUGAUUAUAUUUGUACAAGACAAUAAGAAAGAUGAUGCUCGACUUAUUAUUUACAAGUACUUCCUUUUUGGAAUUUGUGCAGGGUUGAGUUUAGAUUUGGGGCAAUUUUUAUUGAUAAUUUUGAAUAUGUCACUUAUUUAUUUCAGGAAACCUCUAAUUGGCGUGAUUUAUUCAUUAAAAAAUCUGAAAAGUUUAGAAGUCAAGAAAGAUUCAAAUAAUUAUGAGCUGAAAUUGAAGACAGAGCAAAAACAAAAACUAUCACUAAAAUUUAAAGGCGCACAAUCUGCAAAAUGGAUCGGAGCAAUAAUUAGUCAAACGAACACAAAUUUGAGUCAUUCAACACAUUCUCCAUCUCUUCUUCAAUCAAAUACAAAAUCAGAAAGUUGUGAAAAAUCAAAGAAAAGUGGUUCAGAUUGUGGAACGAAGAGCAGUUCAAAAUUUGCAAGUGAGAAAUCAGAGAAAAAGAGUGAAUCAUAA